AUGCAGAAGUCCACGAUUUCCAGGAAAAGAUCCAGGUUUACAGUCAUAAUGCAUCUGGAUGACUACGACAGCAAGAUGGCACAGCUGAUCGGGGAUACCAGUACAUAUCAGCAGGUGAACUCGGAUCCAACGAGCCGGUACGAACGGGGCAACAACAACAUUGUCAGGAGACUGUACGCGCUACAGCUGAUAGAUGCCCGAACGAAACACAGACUCACAAGCUACAACGCUGUGUGUCCUCGUAUAUACGGACAGCCGAAGGCACACAAGCCGAGCUUACCGCUCAGGCCAGUGGUUCCCAACACAACAUCUCCUACGUACCAUUUGAGUAAGUUCAUAGCUGAUAUACUCCAAAAUUCUUUCAAGAGUCAGUAUAAUGCUGUUGACUCGAAAACGUUCUGCGCAUACGUCAAUCAAUUGACAAUACCGACAGACCACGUACUGGUGUCUUUUGAUGCAGUAUCGUUGUUCACCAACGUUACUAAAGACGUCGUCAUCCACGACAUCAUUAUGAUGUGGAACGAGAUACAGGUUAAUACGAACAUAAACCUGGAUCUUUUCCUGGUAAUCGUGGACUUCUGCAUAAGUGGCAGUUUCUUUUGUUUCCGCCAAAAAUUCUACCACCAAAUAUCAGGCACGGCAAUGGGAAGUCCUCUUUCUCCAAUAUUGGCUGACAUCGUUAUGGAGAAUCUGUUGACGAGAGCAUUACGAACUGCUAACAUCCUUCCGCAGUUUAUACGUAAAUAUGUGGACGAUUUGUUCCUUGUGCUUCAUAAAGACCAAGUGAACGCAGUGUUAGAUGUUUUCAACACAAUGAACCCAAGGAUUGUGUUUACAUCCGAGGUGGAGGUUAACUGUCAACUACCAUUCCUGGAUUUGUUGGUAAUUAGGCUACCAGAUGGCACCAUCAAAACGGACUGGUAUACCAAGCCUAUCGCAUCCGGUAGAAUGCUUAACUUUUUCUCGUUCCACUCCAUGGAUCAAAAACUUUCGGUGGCCAGGAAUUUUAUCGACCGAGUCCGUAGCUUCAGCACCACUCGCAGUUCGGAACAACAAGAACAGCUGAUUCAUACACACCUCAGAAAGAAUGAUUAUCCCUCAGCUCUCAUCAAUCGUCUAUUGCGUCAGACACAGCGUAUAGACACACCGGAGAAACCAACCAUCUAUCGAUCGAUCCCAUACAUCCAAGGCCUGACACCAUCCCUAAAACGGAUAAUACACAGCAGUGGACUCGCUGUUGGGAUUUCACACAACAACAACAACACAGUGGGGAAGCUGUAUCGUAAUGCUAAAGAUCCGGUACCGGACAUGAGCAAAAGCAACGUAAUAUACAGGAUCGACUGUCAAAACUGCCCCGGCAAAUACAUUGGCAUGACGGCGAAUAAACUCCGCAAUCGCAUGUAUGGACACCAAACCCAUGUCAACACACUGGAACAGCAUCUAGCGCAAGGGCAGCAAUAUACCGAUCUUCCAGUACAACAACUACGGGAAAAAUCAGCAUUGAUCAACCAUUGCAUCACCCACCAACACCGGUUCAACAUUAGCAAUCCCACUAUCGUCGAUAUAACGUACAAGAAGCAAGCUCUGCAAGUGUUGGAAAUGUGCCAGAUCGCGACUACAUCCAACACGGUCAACCAUCGGACAGACACCGAUAAUCUAAGCUGUGCGUACGCACAUUUACUCUCCUCUAUCAAAACCCGAAGAGAGGAGAGUCGUGCGUCGUCUACAAAUAGUUAUAAUCGACCCGAAUCCAACGACUACCCAUCCCAACUAACACAGACAGACACAACCACCCAAACACCACACAAUAUACAAAUCCCUCAGUAAUGUUCGAUCAGCUGUUAGCUCUGGCAGUGUUGGCAAGUGUCGUGGAUCCUCCUGGUGUAGACCUCCCAUUUUGUACCACCCACCCACUACCUUCGGGGGUGCUGGCAGUAAAGUAUGUACCCUUAUAUUCCGUGUUCCCAAAACUACUUCUCUGACGGCUUUAAAUUCACAGUGAGACUUGUGCAGUGCAAAUUCAAAACGAGACAAUCAACCGUGAGAUGUACACGGGAUUGGACAAAAUUGAUUCAUUUCGAGUAAGUGUAGUCUUUAUGUAGUCUGUUAACCAUCCUAAUUAAACGAAUAAACCGCAGGCCCUGAAGAAGAUCCCAACAUCUGGAUCGAAACGUUGGCGAUGAGAUAAGAAAAUCAACGCUUUUCUUUGACUGAAAGCCGAAAUCCCCGAGAAUUAAGUAAAUCCUUUAAUUAGCCCAGAGCGGGAACAGAAUACCACUCCGGUCAAUAUGUCACGCAGGCUAAGAACUGAGGAGGUUCAAACAGGUUAUUUCCAACAAGAGGCACGGGAAGGUCAGACGUCCCAAACCUCGCGACCCCCGGUGUUUGUGAGUGCUUUUAGACCAAAUUCACAAUUGACCAAUAAUUUUGGACAAUCGUCCAGAGAUCACAAAUCGAGACUUACGUCCAAAAAUGCGUUAGUACAAUUUUGGAAAACCAACGAACAGAUCGAGUAGGCUCCGAUCGGAUCAAUUUACUCACUGAUCAAUUGCAAAAUGCCAAUAUCCGUGGGGAAGAAAGUCGCUACACUCCGACAUUCCAACGAACCCCAGGAUCGACACCUUAUUCAACUUCCUUCAGAAGGCAAAAUGACGUUCAACAUUAUUCAGUUAUCCCUGGUAAUUUGAACAUUCCUCCCUCACUAACGAGCACGCAGCGGUCCUCAAACGUGAUUUUCAAUCGAUCUUUGCCUCAUCAACCAGAAAGGAUUUACUCUGAUAGGACUUCCUUGACUAGCGGCCCAAAUGCUUUACGAAACCCCUUCGAUCCGCCUCAAACACCGAAUAUGAGAAACGUUCGGAACCCACCGCACCAUUUGUGUAAAAUCAUUGGCACAUGGCCAAAAUUCUGUGGCGAUAACAAUAUUGUUCCUUUGGUGUCCUUUUUAAGGACAAUUGAUAUGCUCUGCAGGUCUUAUGAAAUCGAUAAGGAAGAACUUAAAACCCAUGCUCACCUUUUGUUUACAGGGGAUGCAUAUACUUGGUAUACGACCUACGUUGAACGUUUCGUAGAUUGGGACACACUGUUGUACUACCUCUCCAUUAGGUACGACAACCCUAAUAGGGAUAGGUACAUUAAAGAAGAAAUGCGAAACCGCAAGCAAAAGCCUAAUGAGCUUUUCAGCGCUUUUCUUACUGAAAUCGAGUCCUUAUCGCAACGUUUGAUUAACCCAUUGCCAGAUAUCGAAAAAUUUGAUUUAGUGGUAGAAAAUAUGAAGAUUUCAUACAAGAUAAGGGUGGCUCUAGAAGACAUUCGGUCGAUUGAAGAUUUAGCACAAAAGUGUUAUCGAUUUGAUGCCUUGGAAGCAAAUCUUUUCAGUCCAAAGUCACGAGGCACUAACUCCGAUAUUCAUGCUUUAAGUGCUGAUGAAGAAGAAAGUGAUGAGGAGUACGUCAAUGCGCUAAAUGCCAACACGGAGCAAAAUCAGUGUAGUUUGAAACAACAAACUGGUUUGUUGAAGUUCAGGACAAAUAAUUAGUAGUUUUGAACUGAACUUUUGUUGCAUUAAACCAGAAAUUACGGUUUGAAACAAACCAGCUGAUUUGUUGUUUCUACUAUCAAAGGAAUCCGCAAAACAACAAACAUUACCGGUUGUUCUAAACCAAAGAUUUGUUAUUUAAAAUCAAAUCGCCCGGUUAUUUUUACUAAAGUUCGGGUUGUUUCGAUUCCAGUAACAAAUUAGAAUAUUAGUUUUAUUCAACCAAUUUGGUGGUCAAAUCAAACUAACAUGGUUGUUGUUACAAAAAAACAACAACCAUAUUGGUUUGUAAAAACUAAGUUUGUUUCGCCUUCGCCAUUGUCGCCCAAGCCCGCUGCUCAAGUCAACUCUUUGGCACUAUUUCGCGUAUGUUGAAGCAAAUUGGUUUUGUUUCGCGUAUGUUAGUGAUUUUAGUUAGUAAGCAGUUCUAACAAAAGCUUAUAUGUGCCUGGAUUUAAGAUUGCAUUCAUCGGCAAUUCACGAUGAUCGUUCUGAAAACCAAUGAUGUCCGAUCAAUGCAACACAAGAGCCAUGUUUUCCUCACAUAGAAGGCAUCACAAACAGAACCGCACCAGAAAAGGACUCCGGACUAAACCUUUCAAUUCGAUAUGGAGCCACCGCAUCGAAAGCAUGAUGAUCUUCAGUGCCAGUGUUAGAUAGCAAUAACCUGUUUCAUUUUAAAUCACCUAAAUAAAAGAGGUGUGAAUGAUUCAAAAUUAUUUAA